AAUGCCCAUGUCCUGCAACUUAAAUACUUCGAUGAUUCCUAUAUGAAUUUGGGGCCAGAAAAUGGCCAUGACUCACAACAAGUCAGUGAGUCACAAGGCUCAUGGGAAGGGACCCAUGCCAUUAAAAAAGGGUCGUUUGACUAUUGGACAAGACUUUGAACUUUGAAGCUUAAUAGCCAGCGUUAAGUGGAGAAGUCUGAGGUCUGAAAACACUCAACAACCCAUCUUUUGUAUUGGACUCCCUCCAGUGUUCCACGAAAUUUCACUUGAAUUACAGCCAUCUUUCAUACGAAGGAAUCGUUUUUUCCAUGCUUAUCAUGAAGGAAAUAAGAACAUUAUGUGGUUGGUGGACAAUUGUCCUUUACCCAGAUCUUGGCAAAAUAAAAAAAGGACCUUGGCCUCUACUCUUUCGUUAAUUGCCUGACACUCGCUAUAAAUAUACCAUCUUCGCUGGUCUUUGAUGUCCGUGCGUCCUAUUUGCGUUCAAUAUUCCAAGCUUUGAGCUUUCUCUCUUUCUCUGUCACUUGCUUCUUGUUCGUACUUUUAUUCAGUCUUCUCUUCUUCCUCAUGGCUUUGGAAUCGCCUAACCACACUCAGACUGUAGCAGGGUGGGCGGCUUAUGAUUCCUCUGGCAAAAUCACCCCUUACGUCUUCAAACGAAGGGAGAAUGGCGUGAACGAUGUGACCAUUGAAGUGAUGUAUUGUGGGAUCUGUCAUACUGAUCUCCAUUAUGUUAAGAACGACUGGGGUAUCACCAUGUAUCCUGUAGUUCCCGGGCAUGAAAUUACUGGGGUGAUCACCAAGGUGGGAAACAAUGUAAAGAAUUUCAAAGUAGGAGAUAGGGUAGGAGUUGGGUGUUUAACCGCAUCAUGUUUGGAAUGUGAAUUCUGUAAAAACUCACAGGAGAACUACUGUGACCAGAUCCAGUUUACUUACAAUGGCAUUUUCUGGGAUGGUAGCAUUACUUAUGGUGGAUAUUCCAAAAUGUUGGUUGCAGAUCACAGGUACGUGGUCCAUGUGCCAGAUAACCUGCCGAUGGAUGCAGCAGCUCCCCUGUUGUGUGCUGGGGUAACCGUUUUUAGCCCCAUGAAAGAUAGCCAACUGCUCGAGUCACCAGGGAAAAAGGUGGGAAUAGUUGGUCUAGGUGGUCUUGGUCAUGUUGCUGUUAAAAUGGCCAAGGCAUUUGGUCAUCAUGUAACCGUCAUCAGCACCUCUCCAUCAAAAGAAAAGGAGGCUAAACAACGUUUGGGCGCAGAUAGUUUCAUAGUUAGCACUAAUGCUGAACAAAUGCAGAGCGGAAAGAGAACGCUAGAUGUUAUCUUGGACACAGUUUCAGCUAAACACUCACUCGGACAAAUCUUGGAACUGCUCAAAGUAAAUGGGACUUUAGUGGUCGUGGGGGCACCAGACAGGCCAAUGGAACUACCUUCAUUUCCAUUAAUAUUUGGGAAGAGAGCAGUGAAGGGAAGCAUGACAGGCGGUAUGAAAGAGACCCAAGAAAUGAUGGAUGUGUGUGGGAAGCACAACAUCACCUGUGAUAUAGAACUUAUCAAGCCAGAUCAAAUCAAUGAAGCCUUGGAUCGCCUUGCAAGAAACGAUGUUAGAUACCGUUUUGUAAUCGACAUUGCUGGAAGGUCUAAGCUUUAAAGAUUCAGGAUCAUAUCUUUCUUCUGCUUUCUUAUCUGUUUCCUAUCCACUGUGAUGGCACUUGGCAAGCGUAAAUAUGUCAUUUUGCCUUUACAUUACCACCAGCUGGUUUAAUGGUCAUUUUCACCAAGUGAUUGUUUUGUAACGUUAGAUAAAUCGAGUUUCACCACUUAGUAGAAUAAUUUUAUUGUUGGCUUCUAGUAUUAUUUUGGGCAUCCAAUUAAAGGAAUCUAGCUAUCUUCUCUUCUCAUUGAAUGAUCAAUCUUUAGCAUUUCACAUGCUAGGAAAGUCUUCCAAUCGAUGAGCUGAAAAGGGCACCCACCAGACGCAUCACUGAGGAUUUCAAGAUUUAGUCUUUCCUUCCAAUAUUUUUCUUGCUGCAAUCUUGUAAGAGGUUUGAAUUUGAAAGUAUAAUCAGUUCAUUAUUUAUAUAUGUAUAUAAGAACAAAAGCAGUUACAUAUAGUAAAUUG